AGUUCAGUUCAUGGUUCAGUGCAGUAGCCUCCGCCAACAUUCGGGGGGGAAGGAGAACACAACGAUCGGUUUCCGGGGCACGGAGAGGAGGAAAGCAGGGCGCACCCUAGAUGUUACUCGCUUUGGUCGAGGGCGUGUUUUCCUGUCUCGUUAGAUAUGCAUGUCUAUACUUACGAAGUACAAACCGUUUAUCCCAAGCAGGGGCGUGCACAGACAUGUUCAGGGGUAGGGGCUCAAACCAAGAAAAAGCCCCCCGUCCCCCGACGUCGACACACUACAUUUUAGUUUUAUAAUGACUACGGAGAUUUAAUUAGGCCUAAUAACAGUAAUCACAAUUACAACAAUAAUAGCAGCAACAACACAACAACAACAGUAAUAAUAAUAUUUAUUUAUUUGGUCCAGAGGGGCAUUUCAGCCAAGGAGGACAAAGGGGCAGCGGCUCGAGCCACUGUAGCCACCCCCUCUGCACGUCCCUGAUCCCAAGCAGUGUUUACCCAAGACGGAAAGUCCCCAAAUCUCGAAGCGUGGAAGUGGUCGCUGGUUUGAACGUUCUUGGUGAGAUAUCUGGCUAACGUUAGCUAUCGAGCUGGUUCUUAUUUAAACAUUUAGACUAACGUAAACAUGGCUUUUAUUUAGGUUGGUUAGCUUUCAUCUGUGUGACAUUUUCAGCUAAAUUAUGAAAUCCAACCAGCUGUCGAAGCGGAAAGGAAUUUGGGUGUUCGGGUUUUACAUGUAACGUUACGUGUUUCAAGUGGUAUUCUAGCGCACAAUGUAUUACGAUAGUCUAACUAGCUAAGUAACGCUAGGUUUGCUUGUUCGCUACAUACGCAUAGCUAACUUACAAGCCAGAAUAGCUCGUUAUUUAGUUGUGUUGCUACCCGUUUGAGAUUUUUGAUAUUCAAAUUAUACGGUGUAUCCGACUAGACAGCAUAAGGUAACAUUAAUAUUAUUGGCAGCUGACUACAAAGUGAUGUUCCAUGAUAUGUGGUUGUAGCUAGCUUUUUACAAACACAAGUUAGCUUGCUAGCUAUUUGCUGUAGCUAUCGCUAUUUAGGACAAUCUGACUGGCUGGACAGUUCUGAUUAGCAAACUAGCAGGGAUUAUCGUCAAGUGUUCGCAGAUUUAGGAGUUGGGAAUGGCUGCAGCUUCUGGAUCUGUACCGGGGGUAAGCGGGUCUUGGGCCGGGCCUCCCCCGACUACAACGUCCUCUGGUACUCGUGGACAGUUACAGCCUAUGGUGGUUGUCUGGGAAUGGCAAGAUGAUGCAGGAUACUGGAGGCCGUACAGCGGCAAAGUGAGCAGUUUUAUCGAACAAUGUCUUUUGCAUCAGCGAGGACUGAGAAGUGUGGGACCAGCUUCCACAAGCAUUUCUUUGGGACAGUCAGACCCCAACUUGGCCUCUUACAUCAUUGACAUCCCAAGUCUCAAACAGUUCCGCCAAGAUACUGGGAAGGUGCGGUCUGUACGCCGAAGCCUGUUUCCCCAGUCUUCUGCCUUGGGGAAUGGGGUAUAUUGGGAGUGGGCCAAUGAUGAGGGAGGCUGGACUCCAUAUGAGACGCGCACAUCCAUCAUGCUGGAGCACAGCUACCAGGCCAGGCAGACCACAGCAGACCUUGUUCCACAUGGCUACAAUUACAUCGUGGACCUCACAGCGCUCUUCCAGGUCAACAAGGCCUCUGGCUAUAAGCGGCAGGUCCGCCGGCAGGCCAACCAGCCAUAUCCGCUCGUGCCUCCUGUAUCAGGCUCUGUCAUCCACUUUGGCCCAGCCUGCUCCUGCCACCAGUGCCUGAGCAACAGUGCCGCUGGCCCCAUGCCCAGCCGCUCACGCCACUCCUUCUCCUCCACCCAGAUGAGUAGACCCAGCCUGCAAGGGCUUGGGAGGCCGGCAAGCGGGAGCCUCAACUCCGUUUACUCCCCCUACCCCAGGAGGCCGCUGUCUGUGGGUGGGAUAGCCUGGGGAGGCCCCUGGACCCCAGCUACAUCUGCAGGCCCAUCCCCUGGAACUUCACAGACCUACUGCACCAGUGCCAAUGGCUUGAGCAUUCCCUCAAUCCCUGUGCAGCUGAAUGGGUCCAACAGUGUGAGCUCAGCUCUGGCAGGCAUGGCUUCCAUUUUGAUGUCAGCAGCAGGACUUGGAGUUCGCCUCAUGAGCACCCCCCUCUCGCAGCACCCCUUGGGCAGGCCCGCCAAAACUCAGAGCACCAUUAAGAGGGCAAAGAGACAGCCCAGGACAGCCAAAGACCAGAAACCAGAGGAGGUGAUCCAGAGGUACAUGAAGAAAGUGGCUGUUCCCCCAGAAGAGGACUGCAUCAUUUGCAUGGAACGGCUAUCUUGUCCUUCUGGCUACGAGGGAGCAUUGGACAGCCAGACCAUGCCACCCAACACAGUGGGCAAGUUCACUAAGUGUGGCCACAACCUGCAUCUGCUCUGCAUGCUGGCCAUGUAUAACAAUGGAACCAAGGAUGGCAGCCUUCAGUGUCCUUCUUGCAAGACAAUCUAUGGGGAGAAAACAGGAACCCAGCCCAAGGGCAAGAUGGAAAUCUAUAGUAUUCCCCAGCAACUCCCAGGCCACUCUGACUGUGGGACUAUACAGAUAAUCUACAGUAUUCCCCCAGGGAUACAGGGCCCAGAACAUCCCAAUCCGGGCCAGCCCUACACCUGUAGAGGAUUCCCACGGCUCUGCUUCCUGCCAGACAACCACAAGGGCAGAAAGGUACUGGAGUUGCUGAAAGUAGCUUGGACCAGGAGGCUCAUCUUCACUGUUGGCACCUCCAGCACCACCGGGGAGCCUGAUACCGUGGUGUGGAAUGAGAUUCACCAUAAGACAGAGAUGAUGUCAAACAUCUCCGGUCAUGGCUACCCAGACCCCAACUACUUGGACAAUGUGCUGUCGGAGCUCGCCGCACAGGGCGUGACUGAGGAGUGCCUGAACGAGACGGUGCCUAGUCACGGAACAUAAGACGCUGACCCUGCUCUGUCACCAGCCUAUCCUCUCUCAUUGCUAAGCACUCUAUUACCAUGUAUGUUGAGGACUAUGCUAGGACUUGACAGCUGUGCUUAUGUUGAAAAAGCUAAAUCUCUUGCCUCUGGUCAGAGUGUAUUUUUCAUUUCUGAAAUAUAAAUCCAAGUAAAUAAAUGUGCAUUGAUAAA